GGUCCGCUUUUCGUAUUCAGGACCGAACUUUGAGAAAUCUGGAUCUACUCGCGUGACUUCCGCCACCCAUCGGCAGUGUUUUUGUUAAUUCGUGAACAGCUUUUUUAAAAAUGCGAGUUAUGUUUUCAAACUCUAAACCAGUUCGAAAGCUAGCACAAGUUAGCCGACGGUGAACUCUGCGGGGAGCAGCUAAAGCCCGCGUUGCUUCUUCCCUCUCGGAGUAAUGGCGAACCCGGUGCUGGCGCAGAAAAGGAAUGGAAGAUAUCUUUGGUUUUCUCUCCUUGGGCUCGGACUUCAUCCAGACGCUGCGGUCGCCGGCAAAACGAGCAAUACUAAACACAUUAACCUGGGGCCGAACAUGUUCGACAAACCGAACAAAGAUGCCUUCUACAUCGUCGCCCAUUUCCUGUUGGAGAGACUCAACCCGACACGUUUUAAAGAGGCAUACAGGUACUGCUGGCCUAUUGUGAGCCACAAAGCAGAUGCUGAAUUCCGUAAAGUUACCUGCAUGUGGCUGCGAGAAAUAAUGGAUGAAACUGCAAAUGCAGGAUCCAAGGCGUUGGCCUCCUUGUUCCUCUCACCCGGGGGCCCCAAGUUUACCAGCUUGAUGCUUCACUUAGCCAAGUAUGUCAUGCUGCAAGAAAUGAAGACCUUCACCACAGAUGACAGCUGGGUUCCUGAGACUGCAGCGAUGCCUGCUUCCUCCCUGGACAUGGCGGCGAAGAGGCUCAACCUGAUCCACACCAGGUUUUUGAAAGUUGCAGUGGCUCAGGAUCGUUUUCUUCACGACUACCAGAGACGAGCACAGCUCCUGGUGAAGUCGAUGAGGGAUUUAAGAGCAGAGGGUGCCAAGUAUGAUGAGCUACUCAAGCGCCACAGCAGUGAUUCGACACAGGAGGGAGUUUCUUUAGCAGAGAAGAUCAAAAGGGUGCGCUCCUUGUGGUCCGACGUUGAUGGAAUGCUGUCAGCUACCAAAGAGGAGCAGCUUGUAGUGGAAUGUGUAUUAAAGGGAGAUGUAGAUCAAUACGUCCUGGACGGGACGGGUCGAGUCCUCAAUAUUCCUCGCUGUCUUCUGGAUAGAAUUGAACAGCUUCCACAUCAGUUGAGUUCGGGGAAUGUGUACGAGUCUGGCCAGCUGAACCUCCUGUGCGUGUUUGAGCUGAUGAACCAUGCGCUGCAGCUCUUGAGGGAGGAGCGUCGUCGGGUCUCUCAUGCCCCAAAGCUUCAGCUCAGUCCUCCACAACUGCAGGAGAAAUGUCAGCAGAUGGCCCGUGCGCUGCAGAACCUUCACCUCAUCAGACUGAGGAUUUCCAAGGAAGAAAUUCCUGAGGUCCGGAGUGCCAUCAGAGAGUUGGAAGUUGCGUGGGACAGGAAGUGGCAUGACACUCUGAAAGACACGCCCCUAGUCUCUUUUCUGAAUGAAGAUCCUGCUCUCUGCUUCCUCUCACCAAUGGCGCCACUGUCUUUUGAUCCGGUGGCUGGCGCUAGCUACAGAAGUAGUGUCUUCUCUCAGUACCCGGCAACGCUUCUUGAGAAGCCUGCAGAGAGUAAAUUACCGGACAGCAGCCCCCCAAGUUAUACUUGCCGUAAAAGCUGUGGCCCUGAAACGGCUGUGAGGAGUGAAAGUCCUGUUGUCACAACUCAUGCGUCGUCACAAGCAAACAGCUCCCUCGACUGGCUUUUCGACACACCUUCCUCCCCUCCUCCGAGGGCUCCACCAGUACCACCACCUCAGGCCAGUGUGAAGAUGACACCCUGUAUUCACCAGAAGGUGUCUCCAAUGAGGACCAACACUCGAGAUAGGAGCACCAACAUAUUAGACAUGGAAUGUAAUAACCUCGCUGAUCAGUUUGCAGAUGCUGUAACUACAACCAAUCCCACAGAAGGCCAAGUCAAAGGCCUGGACUUGGAUGGCCUUCUGGGCACCCUUCACGGAGAUCCCUUCUCUACUCGGAAGCAGCUGUCACGUACACCUGAGAGUUUGAUCUUGGAUGUCAAGACCUCCUGGCGCAAGGCGAUUGAGGAAGACGAAGCUGAGAAAACCAUGCGACUAUCCAAGUUUAACGAGAGCCUAAAGGGGUUCCUCACUCCUCUCGAUGAGCAGCAAGUGUCCCUCAAAUCCACUCUGUUGUGGGACACCUUCGACACCGAGGGCUUCGACUGCCGGAGUGGCACCGGCAGCAGUGCGUUCCUGUACAGCCUCGACCACGAAACACUCCCCGAAAUGCCGAGCUGUGACAGUCUGCUGAGCCUCGACGAUGAAGCGGAGGACACGAGGAGUGAGGUCGAUGAUGAGCUCCUGAUCCCCUCCGUGAAGACUGAGACGCCCCUGACCACACGUCAUCAUCUGGCUCAGGUCCAGCAGGAAUGCGGUAAUGGCUCCUUUAUGGAGACCAGGACGCCGCCGCCUAAGUGUCUUAACCAGAAUCCACGUGAUUGGACAGGAGAUAGAGACUGGCAAAUGGAGCCUUCAAAGUCGGUGGAAGCCGCAGACGAGGUCUUCUCACUGGACCUAGACACAUUGGGGACGCCUUCACCCCCGAAGAAGCAGGAGGACAGCCUCCCAAAACUAAUCACAUUCUCCCCGAUGGAUGACAUGAAGUGUUGACUCCAUUCAUAUUAAAACCACUUUUCAUCCUCACUAUCGUCUACUGAUUUUAAUGUAAUAUUUGUUCAUAGAUGUAAAAUAACCUUUUGCUUUAAUAAAAUUGUAAACUAAGGCUCAA